GCAGCGGUGCGGGAAGGGAGCGGGAGGUGGAGCGGGGCUUGCCGAGGUGUCUGGAGCGGCCUGGAAGAAAACCCGUCUUUUCCGCGGCGGCCACUGCCGAGGCAAAUGCUUUCAGAGGCCCUGCUCGUUUCCGUGCGCCGGCCGGCCUCGUGCCCUGCCGUCCCGGGGGUGCUCUGUCUGCCUGCGCCCAGGCCGUUCCAGGCUGUGCUUCUGCACCUGGUGCUUUAGGGGCUUGGCACGGUAGCUGGCGUAUUCAUCUGCCACAACUCGGAAACUUACUGUAGUGUGCGGUUUUAAGCAGUUUAACAAUUUAGCUGUGGUUUAUCGUAGGCUCUACUGUGCCUCAUUAGUCAUAUGCAUUGCAGCUGCUUCUUCAGGUGCCCUAAAUCCAACUUCUCCCCUGCCUAGCUACAAGGGCCCCUUCUCUGCUCUGCUCUAAAGAGGGUUUUUCAUGCUAAAUGCCAUGAUGUGGGGAUGGGGCGAAGUUUUCAAACAAAACAACGCUUCACAGAGGCUUUUCUUUUACUAUGAAUUUUACAUGAACCUCUUGGGGUAGGGUGGUUUGUGCACUGUAAGAGCACAGUUAGGGAAAGUCAUUGUUUGGUUUAUGGUGUGGCAUCUAAACACUGUUAGAAAACACAGGAGAAUAACUAGGUUCUUUUAUUACAGAGAGUCUGCAAGAAGAUUCCUAGCUGGCUUGCUGCAAACUCCAAGGAAGGCACAAUUGAAGGCACAUUUCCUGUCAUGGUGAAUGAGAGGCACAAUGGCAACCUGCUUGUGCACCUGGGACCCAAACUGCAGGCUUACCCGGAAGAGCUGCUCCGGCAGCGGCAAGGCCACAAUGGCCAGCCUGAAUACCUGAUCCAGUGGAGUAUCAUCAGCUUGGAAGAGAGAGCAGUGGGAGGCAGCAGUGCCGCCUCUGCAGAGACCAAGCCGGAGAACAUCUUGAUGUGGAUGUCUACAGAAGAGGUGUGUGCCAGCUGCCCGGCACUGUUGGAAGAGGAAGCUGGAAGGGCAGUGGAUGAAAGAGGAGAAGGCAGCCAGCCCGUUCACUACAGAUGUCCCGCCAUCCACGUGCGGAGCGCGUAUGCCAGCAUUGGUUCGCUGGCAGGUGCCUUCAAGGAGACGGGAGCCCUUGACUUGCUGAUGAAGAUGCUGUGCCACACGGAGAAGCAAAUCCGCCGCAGUGCUGGCAAGAUGCUGAGGGCCCUGGCUUCUCAUGAUGCAGGGAGCCGGGCCUAUGUCCUGCUGUCCCUCAGCCAGCAGGAUGGCAUUGAGCAGCACGUAGACUUCGACAGUCGCUACACCUUGCUGGAGCUGUUUGCUGAGAUGUCUUCUGAAGAGUACUGCAUGUCAUUCGAGGGGAUUCACCUUCCCCAGAUCCCUGGGAAGCUGCUGUUCGUCCUGGUGAAGCGCUACCUGUGUGUCACUUCUCUCAUGGACAAGCUCAGCAGUGGUGUGGAGCAGGGAGGGGAGCAGCAGGACAGCGCUGUGCCCAGCCUGCUCACUGAGGAGAGGAGCCGUGUGAAGCAGGAGUUUGAGUUCAGCAUGGCUAUGGCAAACCUCAUCUUGGAGCUGGUGCACGUGAUGGGCUGGGACCACAGCCACAAGCCAGAGCUGCUGCCCCAACAGGAGCUGCGACCUCACACCACCCACUCCAUCUUCCAGCCCAAGAUCUUAGCCUCUACUGCUGUCCGAAUGCCUGUGCUCACUUCAAAUCAUGGUCCCCACAAGAAGCAGGGUCAUGCCUUCCUGACGCCAUCAGACUUCGCAGACCGCAGUGGCUAUGUGCAGUACUUACAGGCAAACCUGGUGCGCGGCAUGAGGGUGCGCUUGCUGGAGGACUGUGGUGAUGUUAGAGCUGGGGAGGAAGGCAAGUUUCUUCAGAGCAGUAAUAGCAUGCACGCAGUCCAGGUCGGACCUACUGGAUACGUUGGCACAUGUUGGUGAUUAUUGGCAUUGGAGACCAGUUGGAAGAUUCUGCAGCUCAGGAAAAAGAAUCUAGUCUGAGAGAGAGCUUUAAUCUAGACA